AUUUGGGCCUAUUAUAGAGCCAAACGCCGUCGUUUACAAACAUACGGCGAAGUUACGGCGCCGUUAAUCAAAAGCCUUGCCACAGCACCAGAUCGUCGGUCGGAGAAAAAGGACUGGUUACAGAAUGGUUCAGCCGCGAUUCGUCCGUCCGACGCCAUCAAUGCCUUCCCCCGGCACCGGAGAACCGAACUCCUCCAACCUAUACGUCGCGAAUUGCGGCCCGGCGGUCGGACUGUCACACGACGCGAUCGCGGCGGUAUUCUCUGCUUUCGGGGAAGUGAAGGGCGUCUACGCGGCGGACGAUAGCGGCGUUCGUGUCAUCGUCUCCUUCGCUGAUCCUUUCUCGGCGAAAUCUGCUCUAGAAGCCUUGGGUGGUCGGCCAUGUCCGGACCUCGAUGGACGGACUUUGCAUAUUCGAUACUCGGUUCUCCAGUUACCUUCCCAGACGCAGGUGAGUGACUGUGUCCCAGUUUCUUUAGCUGAUUCAGAUUUGAAUAUCCCAGGGCUAUUCCUUUUACCGGAUUUUGUCACUGCCGAAGAAGAACAGCAAUUGCUUGCAGCUGUUGAUGCACAGCCUUGGAUUGGUCUCGCCAAACGUCGUGUUCAACACUACGGGUAUGAGUUUUGUUACGGGACGAGAAACGUUGAUACCAAGAAGCGUCUCGGCGAGCUUCCAUCGUUCGUUUCUCCUAUACUCGAAAGAAUCUCAUUGCUCCCGAACCUUGACUGCGAUUUGAAUCUGGACCAAUUAACGGUGAAUGAGUACCCAUCUGGUGUGGGUUUAUCUCCUCACAUUGACACACAUUCAGCAUUUGAAGAUUGCAUUUUCAGCCUUUCUUUAGCUGGUCCUUGUAUUAUGGAGUUUAGAAGAUACUCUGUUUCAACAUGGAAAGUAGCCUCAACGAAUGAUGGUGAAGAGAAGUCAGAUCAUGACACUUGCAUCAAGAAAGCGUUGUAUCUGCCUCCUCGGUCUAUGCUCUUAUUAUCCGGGGAAGCACGCUACGCUUGGAAUCACUACAUUCCACAUCACAAGAUUGAUAAGGUGAAGGAGAAAGUGAUCAGAAGAAGUCCCAGAAGAGUAUCUUUCACACUUCGGAAGGUGAGGAAGUAUCCUUGCAGCUGUAAGUACUCACAGUACUGUGAUUCUCAGAAACAAUGAUAACUAAGGGAGAAGAGUAAUUUUUACAUGAAAUGAUGUUAUUGAAAAACAUUUUGGGAGAGAGGGAAGGCAUAUUGAGAAAAAAAAGAAGCCAAGUUUUGUAGUUGUUUAAUGUUUUGUUCUUUUAAGUUUCAGUAUUUAAGUAGAUUCGAAUGGUCAGUGAUGAUCACAUGCCUAAUGGUAACUUGCGAUUUAGUAUUCCUGAGUUGCACAUUGCAAAAUACCAAAAAAAAUGGGCUGAUUUUGCUCGGCCGGGG